AUGGAUUGUUAUUCAGCAGUGACAAAAAAUGAUGUAAUUAAUAUCGACGAUGACGAGUAUUUUAAUAUUGUACUUUGUUAUUUGGGCUCUGCAUUGUUUUUAUUUGGUCGUUAUCCAAGCACAUGGUUAUAUGUCGUACUCGAAUCUGGAACACAUGAUUCUAUAUUAAGAAAACUUAAUGGAGAAUGUCGUGUAACCAGAUCAAAAAUUUCAAAAAUAGCUAGCAUUAGUUGCAGCAAGGCUAGCGAUGAACGCUUUGUUAAAUCAUCAAAUAUUUCCUAUAAACAUGGUAGACUUGGUUAUCCGAUUGGAGCGUAUGAUUAG